AUGCCGCCCAUCGAUUACAAUGCCACCUAUCAAGAGGACUUUGCUCCAGUUCCUCUCAGUUUUCCGAAGAUCUUACGAACGAAAAAGGAAAGGAAAGCAAAUCAAAAGGAUAUAGAGAGAAUAGAGUGGCAGAAAAACAGGUUGGGUGGGCUUACAACACAGGAAUUGAUUGAUUGUGGGUAGACCAGAGUAACAAAUAUCACAUUGGCGAAAACGUAUUUUGCUAUGGGUGGAGCUAACUUCCAUUUUCACAGUGAAUGUAAAUAGUGAUAGAAAAUUGAACCUUCCAAAUCUUCGAAAUCCCAUCGGUCCAACCUUGGCCAAAAGGAAAUUGGAAACUCGGGAGACCUUUAAGAUCUAUAAACAAUACGAGAGUAAUGUACGUAAAAACACGUACCCUAUGAACGUCAAUUACCCGCUGCCGUAUGACGGCAGGUGGGAAGCCAAUAAUCCGCACGUGUGGAAGGUCCUAGAACCGUGUUUACGGCUUGCACAGAGGCUCUUGAUGAGUUCACAGACCUUGCAACACGUAGGUUAACACCCGCAUUUUGUUAUAUGAAGCUAAUAAAGACGCAGCUCAAACACUCCAUAGGAGGAAAACUGUCGAAGGUGAAUAAGGCUUUAAUAAGAACAGGGUUCGGAGGCGAUAAACCUGAUCUCUUCGUUAUAAAACAUGAUAGAAACCCCCCGGAUCCGGCGACGUGGGAAAAUGAAAUCCAGAGCCGUCGAGACAAACUGCUUUGGAGCUAUCCGUAUACGUUCGGCUUCAUGAAUGGAGAUCAAAACCCUGUGACGGACCAACCUGAUCCAAAUUUACAGCGGGGUAUUGUUCAUGGGUUUACUAAGCCAUUAUUUGACAAGUAUACUAUAGCAGAUAAUGUUCUUCGAAGAAUGGCAGUCUGGGUGUCGGUGGGUGGUAUGGAAGGUCUUUUUCGUCACAACCCCCAAUUACUACCAGAAUUUGAGGUACUUGGCCAACAGCAUAAUGUGGCAGCGACCUUAGUCCACGAACUCAUGCAUGUCAUGGCUUUUGCCUGGUCAGCCCCAUCCGCCAUGCCGGCGAAGGGUGAACAGUAUUACUUCCUGGAGGGCCUACCAGUUGGUGAACGUGGAUCAGAGUGGGAGUCAUCGGUAAGUUCUCAUACUCUAGCUUCCUCUCAACAUGGCUGAUGGAUUGAUAAGGUCUUUGGUGGAUCUUCCCAUUCCAUUUUGAAAGUUAUAGAUCGCCAAGGUGGCGGAUAUUUCGGAUCUGAAACCUCUGGAUGGCCAAAUAUCAACAACUUCAACAAGGACAGUCCCGAAUUAGUACUUCUGCGCCCUCCACUAACCAAAUACAAAACAAUUUCAUACAUCAAGGUUUAUAUGCUAGAACAGUUACAACAAGAGGAGUUCUGGGUCGGUUUUCAUAUCCGUCGCUUUCGAAUGCCUUGUACUCAUCUCGCUUAGGAAUCUGCCGUCAGACAAUAUGGCCUUAGGAAUGUAUUUGAAGCCAACAUUGCGAUGAAACUCUCAUUCAAGAUACGCACCGUCAAAGACUCCCGAGGAAACGAAAUGUCUUAUUUUCUGGAACCUAGAGGCUGGACCGAAACUAAGGAUGCCCUAACCGCCUUGGCGGAGGAGUUACAAAGGCUAACGGAGCUCACACCGGUAUUUAUAUCUGGGCCUCCAUACUUUUAUGCAAAAGUAACUAUAGUAACUCGUUCGCAGGAAGAGAAACGCCCAUUGAUAUGGGGACAGGGCUUUCUUAGUCAAACUAUCGCGCGUGACGAGUUUUGGUCCGCUCAGCACUCAGAUUUAAUGGAAUCUAUUUUAACGAUGUAA